ACUUCCAGCGAUAACUUUUCACCUUUUGAACUUGAGGAGAAACAUUUUGCUUCAGUCGCAGUGACGCAGAAUGCAUCGUACAGUUCUCCUCGCCGUCGUUUCGGCGUUAGUGUUCGCCCCAUGCGGCGGAACUUGUCCAGACGUGGACCCGGAGGUUAAUUUCGACGUGAAUAAGAUUUUAGGCCACUGGUAUAUCGUCCAACAGACCGGCGCGAAACAUCCUUGUCUCACGCUCAACUUUACUAAGAAGGCCGACAAGGAUGAGUAUAGAAUGAUCGAGACGUGUCAGAGCAGUAAGUUCUUUAACACCCUUGGUUUGCAAUACGAGCACCACACCAAAGGCAAAUUGCGCGUGCCAAAUGCGACUUCGCCUGCGAUUAUGGAUCUCAGCUACACGCUCAGCAUUAGAACGCUCAAGCUCACCAUCUUCGCAACCGACUACGAGAAUUACCUCGGUUUUCUCACGUGCAUAAAGGGCUUCGCCUUCUCGAAUAAGCCGCAGGUGACAAUAGCGUCGAGAACGCCUGGCCUCGGUCCUCCGCAUCUCGAACCCGUUUACGCGAAGCUACUGAAGUACAACAUCAAUCCGUACGUGAUCGACACGGUCAAGCAGUACGAGUGCGCCGAGCACGGUGAAAAGGGCAUAUUUGUCAAGGCGGUCUCCGGUACCGUCGACACCGUUAAGGGUGCCAUCGGAAGCGUCGUAAAUCUCUUCUCUUCGGGGAAGAAGGAUUCAAAUUUGGAUCCGAAGAUAACAGGCGAGAACGAGAUAGACGUUCGAGCCGGCCAAUCGCAAUGAGUUUUCAUUUGUUUUGUUUAUACUUACCACGAUCUUGAUAAAAGAAACAAAUGUUAAAAAUAUUAUACAGGGUGUUGCAUGUAAGAUAAUUAAAUGGUACAAAGAACAAUGAC